AUGGAUGACGUCGCCGCGUCAGAGCAGCUCAUGAGCGAAAAGGGCACGCGCAUCGGCGCCGCCGGCUCCAUUGGCACCCUCUCCCAGGUCGACGGCAGCCAGGACGCCUCUCCUCUCAUUCAGAAGAAGCGCAAGCGAAACAGCGCACUCGGUCUGACGAAGAAGAGUGUCGCGACUUCUCCAACUAAAGGCAUGCUAGCCCAGGACGACGUUCCAGCCUCAUCUCCUUUUCCCUUUCCCGCGACGCAACCGGAGCCCGAAUCGCCUGCUGCCAAUGGUUUCACUCACGCCACCGCAGUUGAGGUACCAGACUCUCAGAUUCCUGGACGACCCGCGCAAUCAACUGCUUCGUCGCCCAUGUCUAGCCACGUCAUUCCGUCCAGCGCAACCAAAGGCAAACGCACAUACAAGCAGAGCAAGCAGUCGAAGCGGGAUCGGGCUAUCAGCGACGCUAUGCAGGAAGCAGAUAUAGACCAGGACGGAGACACAACCAUGAUCGCAGACGAGGCAGCCUCACCCUCGCAUACGGCAUCGAAAAACAAGCGCUCUCAAGAAACGGAAGUCGCGCCGGGAACGAACGGCUUACAUUCACGCAAAGCCGCCAGGGGAGGCGCUGACGGAACACCUUCAUCGGCGAAACGGAGGAAGAUUGGUACGCCAAAGUCGCUGACUACACUACGAGACCUCAUUGGAGGCGGGGAAGAUGAGGAUGCCGAGCAAUUACGGACCGUCCAGAAGUCGAAACUAAAACGAAUCAAGAAGCCGCAAACCCCCGUUGCGAAAUCAAGAAACCUCUACGAGAUACCCGACGACGAUCCGCGUCCCACGAACGGAGAGGCAAGCACCACGCAGACAGCUACGCCCAAGCCGCGUCUCAGUUUGAAGAAAACAAAGAAGAACAAGGACAGUAUCGACAACCGGCCCACUCCGGUUCGCACGCCUGCCCAGCCGUCGGGCGAAGGAGAAGACGAGGACAGCAUCAUACGAGAGCCCAUCUCCAGUGAUGAGGCAGACGUUGCUCCACCGUCCGGUGGUGAUCACAGAGAUUUCAAAGAGAAGAAGAAGACAAAGAAGAGACGAUCAUCUGCAAAGAAAGCCACAUCGCGGCGGGAAAGCGGCAGAUACAGCUUCACCUGGAAAGAUCCCCCAUCUGGUACCGCGGCAGAAAGAGCAUUGAACGUUGAGCAUGACCUACAACACCCCCCAGAUCUACGAAGCUCCGGCGACUUCACCGCAGACGAGGAAGAGCUCAUCCGUCGAGCUAUCGUAGACUAUCAGCAGAGGAAAGGCCUGGAUGUGUCUGAACUGGUGGACAUCAUACAAUGGAAUCCAACUGACCCUAGCUUCAACACCGGCGAUGGAACUAUAUCAUCCAAGAGCGAGUGGGCACCACAGGACAUCGAGGACGCGCGUGAAAGCGCAGAAUUCUGGGACGACAUCAAGCACCUUCGCACAGAACGCUCGCAAGACAGGUUGAGAAGACACAUCCGUCAGACAUACCAUCAGUUCAAGAGGGGAGUAUGGACAGAGGAGGAAGACAAACGUCUAAAACAACUCUACGGGAUGCACCCCAACAAGUGGAAGGUCAUCUCAGUAGGUAUGGGGGAUCGCUCCAUGCACGACUGUCAAAACCGGUGGCGCGAUUACCUGCAAUAUGGUGACAAGCUCAAGUCUUCGCGCUGGGACGAAGAAGAGGAGGAGCUUUUCAUCCGCGCCGUCACAGCGGUCGCUCAACGAGACGAAGACCACCGCGCCGAAGAAGGAUUACCACCCAUUGACAAAUACACGAUGAAAGACAUCAACUGGCAGCAGGUCAGCCACGAGAUGGACCACACCCGAAGCCGGAUUCAGGUCGUACAGAAGUGGAGGAAUUUGCAGAAGCGCGAAUCUCCGCCAGAGAUUGAGGUCGAACGCAAGCCGAGGAAGGAGAAGCCUGCUGCUUCCAAAUCUGCGAUUCCCGAGCCUACUCCCAAGAAGCGCGGACGGCCAAAGGGAGAGGCCGGCGCAACACCCAAACCCAAUCCUCACUCUGCCAGGUCACAGGAAGUCAUCCACAACUCGGAUGAUGAAGAGGCCCGGACUUUGUCGCCGCCGAAGAAGGCUAAACGGCCAAGUAAGAGCGAGGGCUCGGAGGUGAAGAAGCCGAAGAAGUUCCGCACUGCCGAGAUCGACGAGAUUGUUGAUGGCUCCGACGAAGAAGGACAAGCCAGCAAGGAAGCGGACAGUCCACCGAAGAAAAAGAAACGGAGAAAGUCACAGAAGAGCGAGGCCGCAGAAGCCGACGACGACGAGGAGUCUCGGCCGACCAAGACACGGGAUGUCAUUGAGAAUUCAGAUGAGGAGAAUGCUCAGGCUGAUCAGCAAUCGAAGGUUUCGCCGCCGCCGAAGAAGCGUGGACCACCUCGAAAGAGCGAUACUCUGGAAUCGAACGAACCGGAGAAGCGUACCGAGCUCGAAGUUUCCGAGGAGUCAGUAGCGGAUCUGGAGCUUGCAAAUGACGAUCAAUCUGAGCAUGCAGAGGGUGACGACAAGGCCGUGGAGGAAACCCAGCCAGUCGUACAGGAAACCCAAGUAGAUCCGGCUCUGAUCGAUCCGGCCCUGAUAGAUCCAGCUCUGGACUUGAACCGUGCCCAAUCACUGACAACUGGUGACGACGCCGAGCAGGAGAUUGAGGAACCAUCCGAUGAAGAGGAACCAUUCAGCACCGCACCGAUCAUUUCCCCAGAGCAACCGCAAACAGACGGCAACGACGAAGUACAAGAGCAGAAUGAGAACUCAAUUGAGGACGACGACCCGAUCGAAGACGACGAAGAUCAACACAGCGUUGCGUCGAGCAGCUCAUCACAAGAGUCGGACGACGACCAGUCUGAGCAAGACAGUAAAGUCUCAGCACCAACAGAGAACGAUGAGCUUCCCGGUGAGGAGGUCCAGACUGGUGUCACGUCGGCUGAUCCAGAUGGCGAGAAGCUCACUGUAAAUGCCGGUGACAAGAUGCAGUGGGGCGACAAGUACGAUCUGAUUGCCAGCUUGCAAAAUCAUCGUGAUGAUCGCGAAGAAGACGGAGACUUCAAUUGGGACAAGAUCGCAGAGGAAGUGGCAGCUGAGCGCAAGUACAUGUGGACUCCGCAAGUACUGCAGACUGCGCUGGACCAGCUGAUUCAGCUUCUCCGCGACAACUGCAAAGAAGUGGAUGAGGAUGAUUUGGACGGCACGGUGGAUGAUAUUAUGGAUUUCAUCUCCAGUGAGCAUGGAGAGCAGCUUGACGAGUACUACGACCUUUCAUAG